UUAUUAUUAUUGGAUGCCAUCUUGUUCUUGUUCUUCUUCUUCUUUAUAUUUGGAAACUAAGAUAGACCAAGAGAGAGAGCAUAGAUCUAGCAGGUGAGGUGGGACCCAUGGUAUUAAUGUUUAAGGAGAAGAAUACUAGUUACUACUUACUAGUUAGGAGACACGUAAAUGCUCCAUUCGUUUUUGUCAGUAUACACAAAAUUCUUUCAUUUUUUUUUGUUUCUGUGAUCAUCAUUUUUCUAUCAACUAAUUCUCCCAACUGGACGGCUUGAGCCCAGAGUCAACAUGCUUUCAGUUUCAGAAUCAGAGAAUGAUGAGAUGCCCAAUGGAUGGCCACUGGGUCUUGGGUUUUUGAAUAUAAAGCUUAGAGUUACAGAGGCACCCGCAGCUGCACCGGUCGAGCCUUUCUCAUCGACGCAGAUGCCAUCCACCAGCUUCUCCUCAUUCUCAUCCUCCAACCUUGAUACUGAGCAGUCAACAGCAUCUUUCUUCCAAGACAAGAGUGUAUCCCUUGGGCGUCUUAUAGGAAUAAGAGGAGGGGAGAGAGGACGAUUGUACUUGCCAAACACGCUGAGGUUUGAAGACACUAGUGAGAAGAAAACAUUAGGAGAUGCUUCUUGUUCUGAUUCAUCUAACUCAAAGGUACAAGAAGUGGAUGUGUCUGAAGGCAUUUGCAUACCCACAUUACUUGAUGUCCUGCUCAGAAUCAGCACCAAAACUAAGAGAACUUCAAGGAACUAGCUACUACCUAGUACCUACCAUAUGAAUAUGAUGCCGUCACACUAAAGAAUUUAACUAGUGAUUUUCAUCCCAUUUUUCUUGAAUGGUCCAUUUGAUCUUUCACAACUCUAUUGUAACUUAUUAUAUUUCAGAUUAUGGGGAUUAUACAUAAUAAUAAAAGAAUUGGGGUUGAGUA